AUGGAGAAAAAGGAGGGAGAAAAAUUUUCCUGUUAUGAUUGUGUGCCUUGUCCAGAAGGGAUGUUUUCGAAUGAGAUAGACAUGGAUAAAUGUGUCACUUGCCCAGCAGAUUUCUAUCCAAACAAGGGACAAGAUGGAUGCAUUCCUAAGAGGAGAAGCUUUCUAUCCUUACAAGAAACUUUGGGCAUCGUUUUAGCUUUCUGGGCUCUUUUCUUUUCUUUAUUCACAGCUCUGGUGCUUGGAAUCUUCUUUAAAUUUCAGGAAACUCCCAUAGUCAAAGUCAACAACAGAAACAUCACCUAUAUUCUCCUUAUCUCUCUCUUUCUGUGUUUCCUCUGCUCUCUGCUAUUCAUUGGACAGCCUAACACAGUGACCUGCCUCUUCUGACAAACUGCUUUUGGCACCAUCUUUUCCAUUGCUGUUUCUUCUAUAUUGGCCAAAACUAUUAUAGUGGUGGUGGCUUUCAUGGCCUCUAAACCAGGAACUCUUUUCAGAAGCUGGAUGGGAAAAAGAUUAGCACAUUUGAUUGUCUUUGUGUGUUCUCUUAUUCAAGUAAUCAUCUGUGUUACGUGGCUGAGUACUUCUCCUCCAUUCCCAGAUUUGGACAUGCACUCAUCGACUACAGAAAUUACAGUACAAUGUAACGAAGGGUCAGUCACCAUGUUUUACUGUGUCUUGGGCUAUAUGGGCUUUCUGGCCAUUGUCAGCUUCACUGUAGCUUUCCUAGCCAGGAACCUACCUGACAGUUUCAAUGAAGCCAAGUUCAUCACCUUCAGCAUGCUGGUCUUUUGCAGUGUUUGGCUCUCCUUUGUCCCCACCUACCUGAGCACUAAAGGAAAAGCCAUGGUGGUCGUGGAGAUCUUCUCCAUCUUAGCUUCCAGUGCUGGGUUAUUGGGGUGCAUCUUUUUCCCCAAAUGCUAUAUCAUUAUCAUGAGGCCAGAUUUGAACAACAGAAAACAAUUGAAAAGGAAUAAAAAUUAA